GCAUUGCUUUAGCUGAUACUGUAAGAACGCGUCGCGCUUCUCCGUCAUGAAAAUCUCGCCUAUCAGGGUGGUAUAUUGAAUAUAACACUGAAUAGGAAUAUCAUUAUAAUACCGAUAGAGGUACAUUGGAAUUAAUAUGGAGAUCCGAGAUGCCACGCUCCUCGUCAUCUGUUGGUACUCUUUAGUUGUAUCCCUCUGCAUGCUCUACGUCCUCCACACACACUCCGACGUCAUCAUCGGCAACGGGGUGUCGAACCAUGUGGCCAAGGCACGCUCCGACAACUCCUACCCACAGGACCACUCGGGCUGGAUCCGGGCAGGCUCCAAUGCGAAGACGACGACGACGACGGCAGGACCGGAAGUCGUCAUCGUCACAACGGCGAACGGGACAGAGAAGCCUUCGGGACAUCCUGGUUAUACCCUCUUGGAUAAAGACACGCCUCUUGAUCUCCAUUGCGACCGGUGUUCGCUCGUAUCAAGCUCGGGUCAACUUCUCAAUAGCGGGGCCGGAGCGGACAUCGACAACGCCGAUUGCGUCCUUCGAAUGAACAGCGCCACGGUCAGAGGGUACGAGGAGGACGUCGGCAUCCGAACCGACGUCCGUGUCAUAGGUCACGUAAAUUUAGCUCGGGGGCUGGUGACAAGCCAAGAUCUGAUCGAUGAAAUCCUUGGCGACCCCGCAACCAGGACCGGCAUCGUCGUAGUACCCUGGCUCUACCAAGAGAAGAUCAACAAGGCCAACAAUUCGGUCUAUCAGGCCGCUAGGAACAUGACAGCAAUGUACCCAAACGUCAAAUUCUAUUUCCUCACACCGGAGAAGAUAAAUAAGACCGAGGAUAGGUUUCAAAUCGAGACAGGUGUCAGCUUAACUGACGCAAAGACGUGGUUAAGUACUGGUUUCGUGGCUAUGCUCUUCGCGCUGGAUGUCUGCAAUAGAAUAGAUGUCUACGGCCUAUCGAAUGUCGAUUAUUGCAAGAGACAUCCGAAUUCCACAUCCCCGUAUCACUACUACGAGCCGGAUAUCAGGAAAGAAUGCGACUACUACAAAUGGAGCGAGACGCAGAUGACGAAAGGGCAUAAAUUCAUGACGGAAAAGGCGGUCUUUGCGCGUUGGUCGCUCGGCUACAACAUUCACUUCCACUACCCUUCCUGGCGAGCAACCAUCCGAAACGUCACGGCUGAACUGGACACGCCGUUUCUUCAACUCUACAAGGAAGCCCUCAAGAACGGCACGCUGGAACAAAUACGAAAGGCAGCACCGCACGUACGAGUUAUUCGCCGCGUCAAAGUCAUACGGCGACGCGUGCGGAAACCGCGUCCGAAAGUCGUACCGGUGGACGAGCAAAAGAAGUCACUGGACGCGGAUGGCGUCCUCAAACAACAAAAUGUCGACGACGUCAUGAACAAAACUAAAGAUGUCGCUCAUGAACAUAUCCCAGAUUCAAAAGUUUCUGAUUUGAAUAUUAAAGAUAUGAAAUUAGCCGAAGGAGAUGGACUGAACAAAGAAGAAUUAUCUGUUAAUAAAAAUCCUGGAAUUCAUCCGUUGGUUCAAAGAGACAAUCGUUUUCUAGCUGCGAGGGGAGGACAAAGCGGAAUUCAUAAAAAGCAUCAUUAGUCAUGUUAGUGCUGAAAGAUAUAAUAUUUUACAAUAUGUGGAUGUGCUUAUCUGGUAUGUGCUGUUUAAAAGAUGUUCCAUUUAAUGCUUGAAAUGCUUAGAGGAACUCUUAUACCAUGUUGCCUUAUUGUUUUAUGGAGACAUCAUCGUCAUCUCCGUCUCCUAUUAUUUAUUUAUUUCGUUUGCCAAAGUUUGGAAUUUCAGGACUACAAUUUGAAUAGGCCUAUUCUAAUGUUGAGUGAUAUAAUCGUCACUCAUAUGUUUCUGUUUGUGAUGAAGGGGGAAGGGAGUGCGCG